CCACAGACUAAGUCAGAGAACAAGAAAAUAACAAAAGAACAAGACAAGGAGUCAAAAAGAUGUAUAAAUCAAAUUACAAGUCUAUAAGUUCACAUCAUAGGACCUAUUCAAAGGGACCCUACCAAGAUAGGCAAAUAUACUAUUCACAGAGGAGCCUGAACUCACUUCUUUUACAAUCAGGAGUAACUCGAAGGCUGAAGAGAACUCUGAACAAGCAUAAUAAGAUUACCAGACCAUAUAACCCGAUUGAUCGUUUGGAAAAUCUAGCAUUGCCAAGUGUCUUACAAUCUUAUGAUAAUAAAUCUGAUUCAGUAUAUUCAGACCCUUUACCAGAAUACAAUAGUAUGGAAACCAAUAUGUCAGAAGAGGAGGACCAACAGCGUCAAGUCGUGACUUAUCCAGUUGUCCCUUUAAAUGAUAAUGCUGUAACAGGUCAUGGUGAAUGUAUAAUGGACAACAUUUCUGAUCCAUGGAAUGAUAGUGGUUUUGGGUCCACUUCUGAUACUCCAACGGCCCUCCCAAGGCCCAGAGUACUGAUUUAUAUCCCCUUACUCAAGACAGAAAAAAGAAAUCCACCAAUAAAAAAAUGCACAGUAGUUUCAAAUUCUCAAGAUGUCACCCCCCUUACCAGCACCGAGUUUAAACCCUUAUUAACCGAGAAUCAGAGCGGAGAGGAUAUUCACGAUGUUGGGGAUACAGGUUUAGUUAAUUUGUUCACAGGGGAGAAUAAUCUCGCACCACGAACUGAAUCUAGCAUAAGUAAUUCUGGAGAAAAAUCAAACAAUCGCUCAUCCGAAUAUAUGCUUGAUGAGCCUGCUUUUGGUGUAAAAAAUCAGCAUCACUUUUACAAGUGUGAUUUUUGUGACUUCACAGUGCCUAGCAAAGGAAAAAUGAAGGUCCAUUUUGAGAGUACUCUACACACAAGGGCUGCUGAAAUAAUGGGAUAUAAAAUGGAUGGAAAAUAUCAUUGUAAAUCUAUCAUUGACCCAGCAGCUGUGUUUCUGAAUGCAGAAAAAAGAACUCAGGUGACUGAUUUAGUUGUCAUGUGCCCUAUAUGCUUUACUUAUUAUCCCACUAUGUACCAGUGUGCCAAUCAUGCAAAGCAGAACCACUGUGAAAAUGUUUAUGGUAUAGGAAAAGUUAUUGGACAACACACAAUCUAUAUACCAUCUGCUUUAAAGUGCCUGUGUAAUGUCUGGUUCAAUGAGGAAUCAAAAUAUAUAAAACAUAUACAAACAUGUAAGCAUUUUCGAAUUCAACCACAAGCCAACGUUUCCUUUUUCCAGGUCUGUCCAUUUUGUUAUGAAGUGUUUAAUGAUAUCAUUGGAUGUCGAGCUCAUAUUCAGAGUGGAAGAAAGAGGCACAGUGUAACAAAGAUUAUUGAGGUCAACACUAUUCAUGUUAGUCAUCCCACCAUCAAAAAACCAAUGUUGCCAUACGCUUGUGGUCCAACAUUACAAGACACCUCUGAAACUAGAGUGAUUUAUCCUCGUAACAGGAAGAAAGCCAUGCGAGCUUGGAGAAGGAACAAAAGAAUGACCCGGAAUGCCUUCUGUAAGAGGAACAAGUCUAAGAGGAACACAUAUAAAAAAGACCAAAACGCAGUAAACCAUGUUUGACCGUUAUUAUAAAAUGGUUAAGAAGGAAAGCUAUGCUGACCUGGGGAAGGAACAUAAGAAUGACCCAGAAUGCCUUCUGUAAGACCAACAAACUUAACAGGAACAAAUAUAAAAAAGACCAAAAAGCAGUGAACCAUGUUUCACAGUUAUUAUAAAAUGGUUUAGUUGUGAGAAGGAAUUUUUUUCUCUUCUAUAUCUGAGUUUCCCUGUGAUACUGAAUAUAGAUUUGCUACAUUUAUCAGGCUUCUUUUUUCAAUUUUGUAACAAAGGUCAUCGUAUUUUUAGUUUAAAUUAUUCCUCCACUUGAUGUAGGAUUUAUUCAUAAUGAUGUUUUUCUGUAUUCAUUUUUGGAGAAUAAUUCUUAGAGUGAAAUUUUAGUCAAUAGCCCAGUACAUGUAUUCAUAUAUUUUACAAACAGAUGAAAAAGAUUCGAAUCAGUGACUCAGUUAAUUAUUAGAAUAUAUGUCUGAAAUAUAUUUAAUAAAACUUUGUUUAAUUCACAUUUAGUGUAGUUUUCUGCGGUGAACAUUCAAAUCCAUUGGAAUUCAUAAACAUUUAACCCAUGUUAGCAUUCUCAAAACCUUGUUAUGGCACAA